UGAUAACAGUGAGAAUGACUGGUAUUUAAAUGUUUGUCUAGCAAAACCUGAUUUGGUGAUUUUGUUGUACAUAAAUACCAGUAAGGGCAAUAUGAAUAGACAGCACAUUUGUUUUAGAACUUGGUACCAGAAACACAAACAAGAUUUUUUUCACAUGUCACAAACAACUCACAUGUACAUGACCCAACACUGCAACACAAUUUUCUGCAUUGCUUUUUUUUUUUUAUAAAAAAGAUCCAUCUACAGGAUGGGAGUGGUCUGUUUGGUUGAUGCAACUGGUGACUAACUGUGGUUUGCGGCAUCCUCUUUGCCUCUAUGUCCUUUUUGAGGUGAGAGUUUCUAUGUUCAAUUUCAUUCUCUCCUUCACACCGAAGGGUGUCAUUAAGGUACAGUUACAGGUACUCUACUAUCAGAACUAAGCAAAGAACCGGGGGGUUCUGUUUACAGCCAGGAGCAUCCUCUUGUCAACACCCCCAUCCCUUCCCUCUGUCAAAGCAUGGAUUAUCUGAGCAUCAAUAUAAUCCUACAGCAUUGCAUGUUGGUCCUCAUGAUCGGACUGUUACACAUCGCAUCAGGUGGAAAAUGCCCCUCUGAGAUGAACUAUCUCACUCUGGAACCGGAUGAGUUGGUUGUGAAACAUGGUGACUCAGUCCAAGUCAACUGCAGUACGUUAGACUUCGCUGAUGGGAUCCAGUGGUUGGCUACUGAAGGAAGCAUUUCAAAAGAAUAUGCACAGUUUGUCGUCUGGAAAGUGGAUCAUUUAUUAAGCUGGGAUCCACAGCCCCAGUGCAACAUAUCGAUCAAUGAAAAAGACUGGUGCAGUACAAAACUCACACUGAUAGUUUACAAAUUUCCAGACGUUGUGUCCAUCUCUCUUCUGAACCACACUGGACCAGUGUUGGAAGGGACAGAGUACCAGCUGCAGUGUGACAUCCUCAAUGUUGCUCCUGUCCAGAACCUCACUGUGACCUGGUACAAAGGAAAUGAAACCAUAAAGACAGACUCUUAUAGUGACCAGAGUAAGACACCGGUGGAUGAGUCAUCUAUCCUCACCAUCACCCCAAGUAGAGAAGAUGACGGAGCACUGUACAGAUGUGAGGCUCAACUCAACCUGGGACCAGAGGGACCACAUCCUUCUGCUAUUGAUUCAUAUUUCAACCUAACCGUGCUCUAUAAGCCAGUGAUCCUCAAGUGUCCACCCAGUUUUGCUGGUGAGGAGCACACAUUCAGCCUGGACAUGAAUAUCUGUGCAGCUGAUGGGAAUCCUCGUCCCCAUGUUCAGUGGUACCUGCAGGGGAGACUGCUAAACAGCUCUGAGCUCCUGACCAGGAGGAACUCAGGGGAAUAUGUCUUUACAGCCACCAAUGACCAUGGCACUGUCAACUCUACGGUCAACAUCACAGUGGAAUAUGCCCCUGAGUUCCUGUCAGGAGAGGACACGCUGGAGUUGUCUGAGGGAGGUGAUGAGUCUCUGGUCUGCAGCGCUGAGGGAAACCCUCCUCCUAAGAUGGAGUGGACCUACGAUGACGCUGCAGGAAAUGUACAUGUGACCACUGAGGGGCAACAAAGUAAACUAUAUAUUAGUGCUAUAAAAAGUAGAACUUCCAGCAUCAUGUGCAAUGCCACAAACAUGCUGGGAAGUACAAGUCAAAUAAUUACUAUUUUAUUAAAAAUGCCCGCCACAACACCAAGGACCACAGUGGCUGUGAUGGUAGCUACAACUGCAAAACCAAAAGUGUCAGGUGGAAAAUGCCCCUCUGAGAUGAACCAUCUCACUCUGGAACCGGAUGAGUUGGUUGUGAAACAUGGUGACUCAGUCCAAGUCAACUGCAGUACGUUAGACUUCGCUGAUGGGAUCCAGUGGGUGGCUACUGAAGGAAGCAUUUCAGAAGAAUAUGCACAGUUUGUCGUCUGGAAAGUGGAUCAUUUAUUAAGCUGGGAUCCACAGCCCCAGUGCAAAUUGCAGUUCAAUGAAACAAGCUGGUGCAGUACAAAACUCACACUGAUAGUUUACAAACUUCCAGACGAUGUGUCCAUCUCUCCUCUGAACCACACUGGACCAAUGGUGGAAGGGACAGAGUACCAGCUGCAGUGUGACAUCCUCAAUGUUGCUCCUGUCCAGAACCUCACUGUGACCUGGUACAAAGGAAAUGAAACCAUAAAGACAGACUCUUAUAGUGACCAGAGUAAGACACCAGUGAAUGAGUCAUGUAUCCUCACCAUCACCCCAAGUAGAGAAGAUGACGGAGCACUGUACAGAUGCGAGGCUCAACUGAACCUGGGACCAGAGGGACCACAUCCUUCUGCUAUUGAUUCAGAUUUUAGCCUAACCGUGCUCUAUAAGCCAGUGAUCCUCAAGUGUCCACCCAGUUUUGCUGGUGAGGAGCACACAUUCAGCCUGGACAUGAAUAUCUGUGCAGCUGAUGGGAAUCCUCGUCCCCAUGUUCAGUGGUACCUGCAGGGGAGACUGCUAAACAGCUCUGAGCUCCUGACCAGGAAGAACUCAGGGAAAUAUGUCUUUACAGCCACCAAUGACCAUGGCACUGUCAACUCUACGGUCAACAUCACAGUGGAAUUAGGUACAACUAGCCUAUAUCCUCUGGAGAUGAACCCUUCCAGAUUGGUGGUGAGGUAUGGAGACCCAGUUUUAGUCAACUGCAGUACAUCGGUGGCAGACCCUGAAGGCAUGGGCUGGGAAGCAUCUCAGGGAGGCACAGGCUUGGUUGAAGACGUCACAUGGCUCAUGUGGACAGUAGAGCGCUUGGAAGACUGGAAUGGAAAACCUAAGUGCUACAUCAAUCUCAAGAAUGGAGAUCAGCCUGUGGAGACACUUGGGGUCACUCUAUACCAACUUCCAGACGAUGUGUCCAUCUCUCCUCUGAACCACAAUGGACCAAUGGUGGAAGGGACAGAGUACCAGCUGCAGUGUGACAUCCUCAAUGUUGCUCCUGUCCAGAACCUCACUGUGACCUGGUACAGAAGAAAUGAAACCAUAAAGACAGACUCUUAUAGUGACCAGAGUAAGACACCAGUGAAUGAGUCAUCUAUCCUCACCAUCACCCCAAGUAGAGAAGAUGACGGAGCACUGUACAGAUGUGAGGCUCAACUCAACCUGGGACCAGAGGGACCACAUCCUUCUGCUAUUGAUUCAGAUUUCAACCUAACCGUACUCUAUAAGCCAGUAAUCCUCAAGUGUCCACGCAGUUUUGCUGGUGAGGAGCACACAUUCAGCCUGGACAUGAAUAUCUGUGCAGCUGAUGGGAAUCCUCGUCCCCAUGUUCAGUGGUACCUGCAGGGGAGACUGCUAAACAGCUCUGAGCUCCUGACCAGGAGGAACUCAGGGGAAUAUGUCUUUACAGCCACCAAUGACCAUGGCACUGUCGAUUCUACGGUCAAAAUCACAGUGGAAUAUGUCCCUGAGUUGAUCUGCCCUGUUCACUAUGAAGGUGAAGAGGGUAAAAAUCACAACCUCACUUGUUCAGCUGGAGGGAUGCCGGCACCUACGAUUAUCUGGAGCAAAGAUGGGAAAGAAAUACAUUUACCUGUGCGUCUGACCAGGAAAGAGAGCGGGGAGUACAACGUCUCAGCAAUCAACAAACAUGGAACUUCUUAUCGUAAAAUGGAUGUCAACAUCUUGUAUGCCCCUGAGUUCCUGUCAGGAGAGGACAUGCUGGAGUUGUCUGAGGGAGGUGAUGAGUCUCUGGUCUGCAGCGCUGAGGGAAACCCUCCUCCUAAGAUGGAGUGGACCUACGAUGACGCUGCAGGAAAUGUACAUGUGACCACUGAGGGGCGCAAGAGCACUGUCAGAAUCACAGGAGCCACGUCGACCAACACUGGGAGCUACAUCUGCACUGCCACGAAUAGAGUUGGGACAAAGACCAAAAUGAUCACUGUGACGAUGAAAGUACCCUCCAGUGACACGUGGUAUUACAUUGCGAUCAUCUCAUUCAUUAUCAUCUCCUUGAUCAUCAUAAUCUGGUGCCUGAAACACCAUUCUAAAAAACAAGGACGCUAUCGAUUCACCCCCAUCCCUCUAGACUCUUGUCAAGCGACUGGACAGCAGACACAAUCAACUGAUUUGCCUUUAAACACACUGUCUCAGAAAGCCAAUGGUUCCCACUGAGUGGGCUCUAGGCAAUUUAAUCAAGAUUGAGCAACUGGACAGAUGCUUUGCUAUAUGUCAGGCUGUUACUCAUAUCUCUUUUGGAUUGUUUAAUUUCUGUGUUAUAAUUUUGCUUUUAAUGCCUCCAAUUCGAGACUAAGAUUAGUGUUUUCAAUGACCCUUACAGGAUUGUCAAUAAUUGUUAGAAAUGCAAUGGUGUGUUUUAAAAUACUGUGUUAGACGCUUGAUAGGUGCUCGAGCUUGAUAUACAGUAGAUAUUUCGAUUAAAUGUGUUCAUCAGCGUUUUUUAUAUUCUUGUUUUUGUAACACAUUGUAGUGCCAAUCCACGGUUUAUCUUGCAUUGAGGUGUUUUAUCUUUGUCUCAACUAGUGCACAGUGCCCAUGAUGCAGUCGGUGAUUAAGAUGUCAGUGAGACACUCAAAACACAAAUUCCUGGAACUAUAGAUAAUGCACAGUGCCCGUGAUGAAGUAGGUGACACCUACACACACAGAGCAAAUUGCCAAUGCUCUGGUGCAGUUGUGCACAUUUUAUGUAGCCUACAGAUGUCUGCUGUUUCCUACAUUAUCAAUUUAUUGUGUUAUGUUAAUCAAAAUGUAUCAAAUUGGAUCUAUGAUCAAUUGUCUUACCCCCAUAAACAUCGAUACAUUUAGUUCAUCACAUACGUCCCUACAUGCACAAUUAUUGAGACAGUUGUCAUAAUUGUAGUCCUAACUCAUCAUGUAUGUACAAUUCUGCCUAAGGGAUGUUUGCUAUGUUUACAUAAACAUUUGUGUUUUUUUACCUUUGUGCUAUGCAGUGCUCUUUAGUAUUGUAUUUUCUAUAUCGCUUUCACAUAAAGACAGGAGACAAGGAGGUUAAUUCGUAAGAACAUUGUUCCUGUUGCUUGCGGCUCACUAUAUCUUUGACUCAAUAAACCAACCGAGGAAGCUAAAGUGGUAUGAAUAGUGUUCUUGUUUUAAACCCGUUGCAGCUCGUUUUCGACACCGACAACCAACUGAAGAACAGGGCCAAAUCAUCAAGUUACAGACCCUGUGCAGUGCCCCUGAUGCAGCCAGUGAUUAAGAUGUUGCUUUGUUGAUUUGGUGGAACACAGACACACACAAACAGAUUCUUGGAACUAUAGAUAGUGCAAUACCCAUGCCUGUGAUGCAAUUAGUGGCUAUAAUAUCCGUUAGUUGAUUUGGUGUUAGUUUAACAGCAGUUUGUGCACAUUUGCAAUGUGCAGGCAGAGUUUUUGCAUCAAUAAACACAUUAAUUCAUGUAACAAAAU